CCUUGCUGACGCUAAGUAAGCAGUCUAGCAGUAAUGUGAGCAUUACUGCGUUCCGGUUUUGAAGCGUGAUGGUGAAAUUACACGUUUCGGACGGUGAGCCAAAAGAAGAGAUACCCAGUGUAUCAUUCUUCACACUAUAUAGAUUUGCAACCCGAAAUGACAAAAUAUACAUAGCACUGGCAAUAAUAUUUUCCAUAACGGCUGGUUGCUCUACCCCCGUUAACACCAUUCUCUUCGCAAACUUUCUCGAAGCCAUGGUCUUGUACGCGACGGGCGUAUUCAAUGUUGACGAAUUCCUAAAAGCUGCUCAAGACUUUGCUGUAUAUAACUGUGUCGUUGGUAUCCUUGUCGUUGCAUUAUCUUAUGGAGCCACAGUAUUAAUGAACAUCGCAGCAUUUAAUCAAGUUUACGUAAUACGACAACAAUAUUUGAAGGCUGCUUUGAAUCAGGAUUUUGAAUACUUUGAUACACAUAAGACUGGAGAUAUCGCUGCGAAGAUGACUGAUGACGUCUUGAAAUUAGAGGACGGAAUAGGUGAGAAGCUGGCGUCUUUUAUAUUCUAUCAGGCAGCGUUCUUCAGCUCCGUCAUUAUGGCUUUAGUGAAGGGAUGGAAGCUGGCACUACUAUGCUUAACCACUUUCCCAGUGACAUUGUUCCUUGUCGGCCUUGCUGGUUGGGUGGCUGCGAAACUGGCCAAAAAAGAAGCUGUUGCAUCAGGAAAAGCUGGAUCUGUAGCAGAGGAAGUCAUAAGUUCAGUUCGCACUGUCUACGCCUUCAACGGACAGAAAAAAGAGUUGGAGAGGUAUCAAGUACAUGUGCACGAAGCUAGAAAAAUCAAUAUUAAAAAAGGUCUUUUUAACGGUUUGGCAAUGGGUAUACUAUUUUUUUGUAUCUUCUGCGCUUACGCCUUGUCAUUAUGGUUUGGUUACAAGUUGAUCAACGACGUAACGGAAAACUAUGAUAUCUCAACUAUGAUUGCCGUAUUCUUUGGUGUACUAAUGGGUUCAGCUAACUUUGGUAUAUCUUCUACGUUGAUGGAAGUUUUUGGUGUGGCGAAAGGUGCUGGGGCGCAGAUUUUCUACCUUUUGGACAACAUACCAAAAAUCAAUCCAGUGCUGAACAAGGGCGAAGUUCCGGACUCUAUUGAAGGAAACAUCGAACUGAAGAAUGUGUUUUUCCAUUAUCCGUCUAGAUCUGACGUUCCGGUACUGAAAGGAGUGAAUCUAAGCGUCAAACGCGGCCAAUCAGUAGCGUUAGUAGGACAUUCUGGUUGCGGCAAAUCAACCAUCAUACAACUUAUUUCUCGUUACUACGAUGCUGUAGAUGGUAGUAUAUCGAUCGAUGGUCGUGAUGUUAAAGACCUAUCAGUACGGUGGCUCCGGUCACAAAUUGGUCUAGUGGGACAAGAACCAGUAUUGUUCAACACUACAGUGCGUGAGAACAUUCGCUAUGGACGAGAUGAUACCAGUGAUGAAGACAUCGAAGCCGCCGCUAAACAGGCCAAUGCCCAUGAAUUCAUCAUGAAACUACCAAAGGGCUACGAUACGUUAGUGGGUGAACGAGGUGCAUCACUAUCAGGUGGUCAAAAGCAACGAGUUGCAAUUGCAAGAGCACUAGUGCGCAACCCUCGAAUUCUAUUACUUGACGAAGCUACAAGCGCCCUCGACACUUCUUCGGAGGCUAAAGUACAGAAGGCCCUUGACAAGGCUCAAGAGGGUCGAACAACAGUUGUCGUAGCACACAGAUUAACAACUAUAAGAAAUGUUGACGUAAUUUACGUAUUCAAAAACGGGAUAGUAAUUGAAAGCGGUAACCACGAAGAACUUAUAAAACUAAAAGGACAUUACUACGAUAUGGUGAUGAUGCAGACAUUCCCAGAACCUGGACAAAUGAAAGGUGAAGAGAAAGCUGUGACACGCCAAAUAUCUGUAAGAAGCGAAACGGACGAUGAUGAUGAUGAUGAUGAUGAAAUGUUAGACUCCACACAUCAGAUCAAAAAUGAUAUUGAAGACAUUGAAACCGAUGUUUCGUUCUGGCGUGUUCUACAACUAAAUAGGCCCGAAUGGAAAUCAAUCACAGCUGCCAGUAUCUGUUCAAUCUUGAGCGGUGUGGCUAUGCCAUUACUCGCUGUCAUUCUAGGCGACUUUAUUGGAGUUUUUCAAAAUCCAGAUGAAGAAGAGCGGUUAGCUGCAGUUCGAAGGUUUGCACUAAUAUUUGUAGGUAUCGGUGUACUCUCAGGAGUGGCUAAUUUUAUAACGGUGUCAAUGUAUGGCUUAGCGGGAGAACAUUUGACCGCACGUCUCCGAAGCCUUUUGUUCCAGAAAUUACUUCAGCAAGAGAUAGCAUUUUAUGACAAUAAAGACAAUGCUACUGGAGCUCUGUGCGCUAAACUCUCAGGAGAAACAGCAGCAGUCCAAGGGGCAACUGGGCAAAGAAUAGGAACAGUCUUACAGGCUGUGGCGACCUUUUCUUUUGCGCUAGGUCUUGCUCUAUAUUAUGAAUGGAGAGUCGGUCUUGUGGCACUAACUUUCGUUCCCCUCUUAAGCGCUAUUUUGUACAAGGAAGGAAGGAUGGUUAGUGCUGAAUCUUUCGGUGCUGCGAAAACUAUGCAAGCCAGUUCUAAGAUUGCAGUUGAAGCUGUAGCUAAUGUGCGUACAGUAGCUUCGUUGGGGCGUGAGCCCCAAUUUAUUAACGACUAUGCUAUACAACUGCUACCGGCUCUUCAGCUCGCUAAACGAUCAGCUCACUGGCGUGGUCUCGUCUUCGGCCUUUCACGAGGUCUCUUCAACUUCGUUUAUGCUGCGACGUUUUAUUAUGGCGGCACGCUUAUUGUUUACAAAGAUGUCCCUUACGAUCUUAUUCUAAAAUCCGCGCAAGCUCUUCUGAUGGGUUCGUCGGCAGCAGCCCAAGCGUUUGCAUUUGCCCCAAACUUUCAGAAAGGAAUUAAGGCUGCAGGUCGCAUCAUACUUCUGCUCAACCGUCAGUCCGAAAUCACGGAUCCGGUCAGGCCUGCAGUGGAAAACUUUAAAGGUACUGGCGAAGCGAGUCUUCAAAAUGUGCAAUUCAGGUAUCCCAACCGUGUUGCAAUUAAAGUACUCAAGAAUUUAGAUCUCGAAAUCGAACGCGGGAAAACUAUUGCAUUGGUUGGAGCCAGUGGCUGCGGAAAAAGUACUGUUAUACAACUUCUUGAGAGAUACUAUGAUCCUAAUGACGGCAUUGUUGCACAAGAUGGUGUUCCCCUUCCUAUGCUACGCCUAGCAGACGCGCGAAGUGCCAUCGGAUUUGUGCAACAAGAACCAAUACUGUUCGACCGAACUAUUGGAGAAAACAUUGCCUAUGGAGACAACAGUCGAAAUCCGGAUAUGGACGAAAUUGUUGACGCAGCCAAAAAGGCUAAUAUCCAUAAUUUCAUUGUAUCGUUACCAAUGGGCUAUGACACUAAUAUUGGUGCAAAGGGCACUCAACUUUCUGGUGGACAGAAACAAAGAGUCGCUAUAGCCAGAGCUCUCAUACGCCGGCCAAAAAUGUUGCUACUGGAUGAGGCUACAAGUGCACUUGAUACUGAGAGUGAAAAGGUUGUACAAGAAGCACUAGACAAAGCCAAAUUGGGUCGAACCUGUGUGAUGAUUGCACAUAGAUUAAGCACCGUGCGUGAUGCAGAUACCAUCUGUGUGAUACAUGAUGGUCGAGUCGCCGAAAAAGGCACACAUGCCGAACUCAUUGACUUGAAAGGACUUUAUUAUAACCUAAAUAGAAGAGGGUUUUCUUAAAUUGAGAAUGACAGGGUGGAAAUUUUUAAAACGGGUCCCCAUGAGCAGCUACCUUAACUGUCAUAGCUACAGAAAAUUAAAGACUAUCUGACGGCAUUCACAGAUGAAGAUUUUUUCAUGCCAUUUGAUCCUAUUUCUAAUAAGAUUCGAAAUAUCUAUACUGGACCAACUGAAGUAAACGUACUAGAAAUUGACAAAAAUCGCAAUAAUUUUUACCAUACAUUUCGGUAGGGACAUAAUGAUCCGCCAUUCGUAUUAUACAUAUAUUUCAACAUAAGAACAAACACAAACAAAAAUAACUAUGGUAGUAAGUACUCGAUUUGAUUGCCGCCUUAACGAGCGCAUUGAUUUGCUAUUUACCGCAAAGAGCAAGCAGCAAAUUGUACUCGGCUUGAUUCCACCGAAAAUUGUUUCUAAGUGCAUCUUUCAAUUGUUGAACACCGUUAUAAUAAACUGAAUGUUUUAGUACAUAGUCCCAAAGAAAAAAAACAAGAAACGUCGGAUCAGGACUAUAAGGUGAUCAAGUCUAAAAUUUUUCACAGAAACGCAUAAAAAUAAUACGAGAUACAUGAAACCAAUUAAGUACCUAUGUACAUAUAAU